AUGGUGAAAGGUCUCAAGGGCAAGACUUACAAGGAGCAGCGGAAGUCACUUGGCUUGUUCAACUUGGGGAAGAGAAGGCUGAGGGCUGACCUCAUCGCAGUCUACAACUUCUUCAAGUUGUUUUCUUUUUCAGCACAAAUUGAAGUGAUACCAUGCAAAAUUUGUGGUGAUAAGUCCUCUGGAAUACACUAUGGAGUCAUCACAUGUGAAGGCUGCAAGGGAUUCUUUCGGAGGAGUCAGCAGAACAAUGCCUCCUACUCCUGCCCAAGGCAGAGAAACUGUUUAAUUGACAGAACCAACAGAAAUCGUUGCCAACACUGCCGACUGCAGAAAUGUCUUGCCCUGGGAAUGUCUCGAGAUGCUGUGAAGUUUGGAAGAAUGUCCAAAAAGCAGAGGGAUAGCUUGUACGCUGAAGUGCAGAAGCACCAGCAGCGACUGCAGGAACAGCGGCAGCAGCAGAGCGGCGAGGCAGAAGCCCUCGCCAGGGUUUACAGCAACAGCAUCAGCAAUGGCUUGAGCAACCUGAAUAAUGAAACUGGCAGCACCUACUCAAACGGGCACAUCAUCGACCUGCCGAAGUCUGAGGGUUAUUAUAAUGUGGAUUCUGCCCAGCCUUCCCCAGACCAGUCUGGGUUAGACAUGACUGGAAUCAAACAGAUAAAGCAGGAACCUAUCUAUGACCUCACCUCUGUACCAAACUUGUUUACCUAUAGCUCUUUCAACAAUGGGCAAUUAGCUCCGGGGAUAUCCAUGACUGAAAUAGAUCGAAUUGCACAGAAUAUCAUUAAAUCUCAUUUGGAGACAUGUCAAUAUACGAUGGAGGAACUACACCAGCUAGCGUGGCAGACUCACACAUAUGAAGAAAUUAAGGUUUAUCAGAGCAAGACCAGAGAAGCUCUGUGGCAGCAGUGUGCCAUUCAGAUCACCCACGCUAUCCAGUAUGUGGUGGAGUUUGCAAAGCGCAUAACAGGCUUCAUGGAGCUCUGCCAGAAUGACCAAAUUCUCCUUCUUAAGUCAGGCUGCUUGGAAGUGGUUUUGGUGAGAAUGUGCCGUGCCUUCAACCCACUCAACAAUACUGUUCUGUUUGAAGGAAAGUAUGGAGGGAUGCAAAUGUUUAAAGCCUUGGGUUCUGAUGAUCUGGUGAAUGAAGCAUUUGACUUUGCAAAGAAUUUAUGUUCCUUACAGCUGACUGAGGAGGAGAUUGCCUUGUUUUCAUCUGCUGUUCUGAUAUCACCAGAUCGAGCCUGGUUAAUAGAGCCAAGGAAGGUUCAGAAGCUUCAGGAAAAGAUUUACUUUGCACUUCAACACGUGAUCCAGAAGAACCACCUCGACGAUGAGACUUUGACAAAGUUAAUAGCCAAGAUACCAACCAUUACUGCACUUUGCAACUUGCACGGAGAGAAACUACAGGUAUUUAAGCAAUCUCAUCCAGAUAUAGUGAACACACUGUUUCCUCCAUUAUACAAGGAGCUUUUCAAUCCAGACUCAACCACUGGCUGCAAGUGAAGGGGAUAAUAGAAUUUUCACGUAGUCAUGGAAUGCGUCACUAUUAAGACAGAAAGAAAUGUUUUCAUGAAGAACUUAUUAAAAAUGUCACUACUGCAACACUAGGAAUGUCCUGCACUUAAUAGAAUUAUUUUUCACCGCUACAGUUUGAAGAAUGUAAAUAUGCAACUCUGAGUGGGGAUGUCUUUUUUCUCUUUUCUUUGUUUACUUUUUUUUUUUUUGAACUGACAAUGAAUAUACAAAUAUAGGACACUGGGUAUUACCUUUUUUUUAUUUUAUUUUAUUGGGGGUUGUUUUGGGAGACAACUGUU